CGAGAGUCAAAUGACUCGAAUAGCCAUUUUGUGUCCUAUACUUCCGAAUGCUGAAUAGAUUUCAGAGGUGUCUGAUGUUCGAAGUUUUAUAAUUUUAACAGUGUAUGUGACGAUUUUUUCGGACAAAUUUUCUAGCUUUACUCGUCAUACUGAGCAUUUCAUGUUAUAGUUGUCUUGUAACGAUAAUAAUUGUCAUAAAUAACGCACACAACAGAACAACACAAUGGCCUACAGAACUAGGUAACUAUGGAGUUGUUUAUUAGAAAUAAAUAUCUGUUGGUGUUAUUGAGCCAUUGCAAUAUUCUGUUUUGAAUUCCAUUGUUCCGUUUCCUUUUUCAAGCUCAUCCAAAUAAAUCCAACAUCCAAUAUUGUAUUCUAACAAUUUUUUACAAUUUAUUAAGAUUAUCCCUUUAACCUCUGCCUUUAGUUUAAUUUAUUAUAUUUGUUUUUCUCCAGUCGUGGUGGUUUUGGUAACUCUAGAGGUGGUGGAGGAAUAGGAGGAAAUCGUGGAAAUUCCUAUGGUUCAAAUUAUGCCGGUUCAAGAGGUAGUCGUGGUGGUAAUAACUACAAUGAUAAUUAUAGAAACCGAGGCGGUAACUCAUUUCGAGGAUCUCGUGGAAAUAAUAGAGGAAAUAAUGGAUCCUGGUCAAACAAUUCACUAUCAACUGGUGGUUAUGGCAAUAUGAAUCGAAAUAGUGGAUCUAACUGGUCUUCUCAAGGAGACUCUAGUUAUGAUUCAAGAAACCGCUAUUCUGGUAAAAUUUUAAACAAAUUAUUUAAGUACAUACUAACACUAGUUGAAUAAUAACAACAAUAAUUUCAUUAUUGAUAAUGUUUAAGAGGACGCCACACAAACAUCUUCUGUUCUGUCUUACAAACUCGAAACAUAGUAAAUUUGCGUUCAGUAAGACACAUUUUGUGCAGUUUUAAUAUUAAAGCAAAUUAACUUAUUACCAAACUUAAAGGUAAAAAGAUUAUAUAUGCCCUAGUGUUGAUGUUUGUUUAAAUAUUUUAAUUUCUAAGCAAUAUAAUCAUUAAAUUGUGAUAUUUACUAUACUCAUGUCUCAUUUAAAAAUAAAAAUAUCGAAAAAUUAUAAACUCCAAAACACUUCUACUUACAUAUAAUUUUGGCGAUAGGUCAAUUUGCUUUAAUAUUAAAAUUAACGGCACAAAAUGUAUCCUAAAGAACGCAAAUUUGCUAUGUCUCGCAUUUGUAAGAUGAAGACAAUAGAUGUAAUUGUGGUGUCCUCAAAAGAAAUAGCUAUUUUAGUGUCUGGCCCAUAUCUAACUAUUUAUGUGUCCUAUGCUCUGAAAUGUCAUAUUCUCGGUAUAUCUACCCAACUAUAAAUAAUCAUAAUGUAAACAUUUUUUCAUAUUUUCAAACAUAGACCUAUAAAUAUAAAAUAUUUAAAGAAGGUGUCUUAUCUGAAUUAUAAUUUAUUUAAAUAUAAUACACGGACAAUUUAAGGUGCUAUAAAAAAGAGUUGAAAGGUUGUAUAUCCAAAGGUUAUAUUCUUCAUUAGAAUAUCCAUAGAAUAGUUCUUUUACUGAAAUAGCUACUCCAUACUUAAAGUAUUAAAAGUGAUAUAGCUAGGUAUAAAUUAUUAUAAAAAUUGCUUAAGUAAUAAAAAAAUCAUUAGAAACUUGAUGUUAUUAUUAUAGGUCUAACAUUACUAUAGUUAAAAUGUUUUAUCUUAAAAAUUGUUAUUAUUAAGGGUUAUUCUAAAUCUUUUAGUGUUAAUAAUUAGUAAAAUAAUCACAUUACUAAUUUACUUAUUAAGACUGUAAUUAAGUGUUGUUUUUAUUAUAAUAGUUAAUUUUUUUUUAUUAUUGAUAAUUAUAAUUUUAGGUAAUAAUGAUCGAUAUUCAAAUAGUCAUAAUGAUGACUACAGGAGAUACAAAGAGGUAUGUAAAAUAAUAUUUAGUUAUUUAGUCUGCUUUCAUUUCACACUGUCAGAGAUAGCACCAAAAAAUAUUUUACUUAAAAUGUUUAAAAAAAAAAACAUUUUAGUAUAGUUAUUUAUAAAAAAAUAAAAUGUCUAAAAAUCAAUUUAAAUUUAAGUUGCUGUUAUUAUAUGUGGUUAAACAAAUUAAUCUAACAAUAUAUAUAUAUAUCAUUUUCAAAAUCUUAACAUUAGUAAAACUUCAAUAUCUAUUUAAUUACCUAAUAAUUUAAAGUUAAAAAUAUAUUAUUAUAAAGUAAAUUAUGACUUUCAUCCUUAAUUUUUCAAAAUUAAUUGUAUUAAAUUAAAAUACCAUUUUUUUAAAAGUGAUUAUCAUGACAUAGAGUGUCCGUCUUGUAUUUACCUCCGAUUACUAAUUCUUAUUUAAAAAUAUUGUUAGAAAAUCGUUUAUUGAAUACUAGUAUCACAUAAAAAAAAUUUAAAAAUGCUAUUAAAACAAUUCUAAGUAAUAUUACUUAUCAUACUUCUGAGUUUAUUGCAAUAAUGCUAAUAUUUGACAUUGAGGUUGUUGGAUUGGAUCUUCAAAAAUACUAUAUUGUAUAUGUUGAUACUACAAAUAAAUUAGUUCAAUUGAAGACUGCCACAAAGUAUUUAUUUUUGAUGCAAGAUUUUAUGAUGAUAAUAUCAAUAAAAAAUUUUUAGUGUUCAUGUUUAUUGAAAUUAUAAAUAAUUAUUGAUGAGUUUUGAAAUGAUACUUGUCAUGUUGUUCCAAACAUGUACAUUAUAUUUAUAUAUAUAUAUAUAUAUCCUCUAAAUAAAUAUGUAAAAUAAAAAGGUUAGAUUGACAUAUUGAUUGAAAAUUGCACGCAGGGUGGAAGAAACCACAGAGACUCAGACAUGGGUGGAUAUUCGAGUUCCGGUGAUGAUUUUGGCCGCUAUAGUGGUGGUGGCAGUUAUGUAGAAGACCGUAGCAGCAGAUCGUCCUAUGUCCCUGAUAAUAACUAUGGUGGAAGUAGCAGUUUCAGAGGCCGUGCCAGUUCACGUGACUACGGUUCUGAUUUCCGUAAGCCACUGCCUCCCAAUGAUGAUCGCUCUUCGCCUCCAUCUCCUAGAUAUUCUGGCCCGUCAAACAGAGGUAGAGGUACCAGAGGUUUCCGUGUUGUGGAUAGGCCUGGUAUGAGGGGUAGAUCUUCUGCCAGUGUAUCAUAUAGAGCAUCAUACGGCGGCAGUGCAGGACUCAUCAAACGCAAACGACUUGAACCCACAUCUAAUUGGCGUACGAAUCCAAUUCGUAAAGGAUAUGAUAUGGCCAAUAGAAGAAUACAUACAGUCAAAAGGUAAUUAAAUGGCGACUGUUAUGUUUAUGUGAAGCGUUACAAAAGAUGAUGAAAACAAUAAUAUCAUAUCUCAGUAAAUAAAAUAUAUACAUGUAUAACAAAAUUAUAAUACAACAUGAAAUCAAUUUAUAAACUAUAAGCCAUUGGGCAGAAUGAAAAAGUAUUAAACAAAUAUUACAUAUUAUGUUCAGAAAAUUUAAAUACAAUUAAUGGCCAGUAUAACUAAAAUUUAUUAAAGAUUAUUAUGUUCAAAAUUCCAAUUAUGUAUAUUGUACAAUGGAUAAUAUUUUAACAAGAAGUUUUUGAAUACACCAUAAAGUUUAAUUUGGAUAAUAAAACAUGAACUACAUAGAUAUUGUAGAAUUAUUCAUUACGACGCCAAUAUUAAAUCUCAACAAAAUUUAUUGAUAUAUUACAUAAUAUUUCACAUAAAUAGUGUAAUUGUAUUGCAUCGUACUCAUUGAAUUAAUGAAACAAAUUUGAUCGAAGAUGUAACUUAUGGAUGAUAUCCAGAUGAGAUAAAAAUAUCAAAACAUAACCUGAACACUAUAUAUUAUGUACUAAUCAACAAAUUAUUUUGAAAUUACUCGUAUAUAAUUAUUAUUAAGUAUUACAAAAAAAAAAAAUACAUAUAUAUUAGUAUACCGGGUACACACUAAAGUUAUUAUACUACUAUACAAAAGUAUAUAAUUAAUAUUACUGAUAUGAAAUAGAUUUGAAAUUUAAAUUCCUCUACGCUCGCAACUGAUUCUGCAAUACAAAAACUACAAGCGAUUUAUCAUUUUUUUUAAAAUUAUAUUAAAUAUCAACUAUUCUUGGUUUGUAAACUAGUAUUCAAUUAGCAAUUUUUAUGUUGUAUUAUUUUAUGAUAUAAAAUAAAUGCUUAUUAAAUGUAUUUUGCGUUUUGGUACUAGUUUUUACUUUGGUGUGCAUCCGGUUUUAUUUAAUGCCUUAAAUAAUAAUACAGAUUUUAGAUCUCAGUUUCUAAUUUGAAAUAAUAUUUUAUUUUUCAUAAAAUUAAGAACCCAUUGAUUAUUACUAAAAAAUUGAAAUUCUAAUUAAAUAUACUGUUCAUAUUUUUUAAAAAAAUAACAAUAUCAAUAAAUUAGACUUAUUUGUUAGUACUUACUCAUAGUUAUGAGCUGAAUUUUACCACCAAAAAUUACUACUUAGGUUUUUUUUUUUUUUUUUUUUAAAUUCCUUUAUUACAUUAUUUAUUUUAUUUUAAAAGUCAGUUUCUUCAUAAAACAUUAAAAUUAUUUGAUAUAGUUUGUGUGAAAUAAAAACUCAUUCAAACUGCAAUUAGUAUAUUAUAAUUCUGUUGCUAUUUACACCAACCAUGCUUUUAUAGUUUUGACCUAGCGUUCAAAAAUAUGUGAGUAUAUGUGUGCCAAUUUAGUGCAUUUUCAAUGUAGAUAAAUAAUUUCAAUGAUUUCUUAUUUCAAAUGAAAUAUCAACUAGUUUAAUGUUAUUGUUUAUUACUGUAGAUCAAGGAAUGGUAAUUAAAUAACAAUAAGUUACUCUAAGUUUUUAAAAAAAUAUGAUUAAAAAUUAAAUUGAAACCAAUGAUGUUUAACUAGCUAUAAUAAUGAUUUAAAUAUGUUUUAACAGAACUAGUAAUUUGAGAGAUCAUGAUGAUUAUCGUGCAAGAAAAAUCGCCGAAUUUAGAGAAAAAACCCGUGUAUGUGUAUAUAAAUUAAAUUAAGAAUAUUAUAAUUAAGAAAAUAUUUCUUAAAUAAUUAUACUUUUGUAUAUUUUUGUUAGCAACUACGUGAACAAGUAAGAACUCCAUCGGAUGAAGAAGAAGUAGAAGAGGAGGUAGAAGAAGAAGUAGAGGAGGAAGAAUCUGUGAAUGAUGAUGAUGAUGAUGAUGAUGAUGAAGAUGAAGAUGAAGAAAGAAUCGAAGAUGACACAGAAAAAAAAGACAAACCUCCCAAGAAGAAAAGAAAAGUUGUGAAAAAAGUUAUUAAAGUCAUUAAAAAAAAGGUGAAAAAACCAAAAUUGAAUGGUGAUUUAUCUAAAUCUGCUUCUGGAGAUAAAUCUUCAGUGAGUACUAAAUAAUAAUCAACAAAACUAAGUGAAUUUUGAAUUGUAUAAUUUAUUUAUAUUAUAGCCUCGAAAAAGUGAAAACAAUUUAUUGGAUUCUAGAGGAGAACCAUUUAUAAAAUUAGUGUGUCCACACUGUGAUGUUACUUGCAAAACAUUUAGGGUUGGUACUUUCUAUUGAGAUUUUAAAUGUUUUCAGAUUAUCUACUAAAUAUUAUUUAAUACUGAUAAUUAUAAACAUUUAGGAGUAUGAGAUACAUUUAUUAAAAAUUCGUCAUCGCACGGCAAUGUCAAAUUUGGCUCGCACACGAAAGCACGAACUAUUCAUGUUUCGUCAGGAUCAGCGUAAAGAACAAAAAGAAAUUGAUGAUAAAGCUUCUGAAGUAGAUCCAAAAACCGAGAUAAAUUAUUGCAAAUUGUGUCAAUUAAAUUUCAAACAACCCAAAAGUGAUCAUUUCAGCAGUGUGUUGCACAAGGUAAGUACAACUUUAAUUUAAGUUGUAAAAAAGGGUAUUUUCACAUAAGAUAUUUAUUACAGAAAAUCAAACAAUUUUUACAACCAGCUUGCGAUGUUUGUCAUUUGAUGUUUGCAUCACCAAUGCGCCACGAACAUCAUUUAUGCAGCACUAACCAUUUAAAGGUAUUUUAUUAAUUGAUAUCCAUGUAAUAAUUAUUUAUAGUGAUACAUUAUUUACUACAGAAAGUUGACGUAUAUGAACGUCGAUCAAAACGAAUGGCUGUUGUUGUUCCAAGUGCAGAUGAAGCCGAUGGUGAUGUAGAUAUGGACAACUUUAUGGUUUUGGACUCUGUUGGUUCUGGUGAUGGUUUGUUGUCAUAAUCAAUUUAUUAUUAGUUCAAAAGAUAUAUACAGGAUGAUUUUACUAACCAUGCUCACCUCAUUUUUUGUUUUUAUUAUUAAAUUUUAUAUACAUUCAAAUUCUGUUUUUUCAAAUUUUUAAUUGUAGUUAAAGCCAAUAUUUUUAAAUACUUAGAUUUUUCACAACAUUCACCAAAAAUCAGAAUUUGAAUAUGUGCAAAAUUUAACCAAAAAAUUGGGGUGAACACGCUUAGUGAAUAUCUCUGAAUAUAGUUUGUUAUAAAAUAUAUAAUUUAUGUAUUUUAGAUGAAGGAUCAGAUGAAGGCGAGAAUACUCAAGACAGUAAAGAUGAUGGAGAAAAGAAAAAAAAAUCUAAAUCUAAAAAAGAAAUAAACUUAGGUAAUUAUCACUUUUGUUUAAAAACAAUAACAUUUAUAUUACUAUUAUUAAAUUUGUAUAGUAAUAGUUGCUACAAUAAAUUUUCAGAUGUUAAUGAAUUAUAAAAGCUAAGUUACAAAUUUGAUGUAGUUGUGACUUAGUUAGCUAUCAUCAUUUAAUAUAUUUGUUUAUUAUGUCUAUUCUAAACUUUAUUAAAAAAAAAAAAUUAUAGUUGUAUUUUAAUAAUCCAAACUAACUUGUUUUUUCUUAUAUCAUGCAGGUAAAGAAUUUUGUAAAAAAGUAGAAGUUUAUUAUUGUGAAUUAUGUAAGUUUAAUUUGCCUCCACACGAUGAUAUUGAACAGCAGUUAAGUUUACACUGUCGUAACCGCGUACAUCUACAACGAUAUGUACAGCAUUGUGAAAAGACCAAGUCUCCAAGAGAAAAGCCAACUGAAAAAAUUAUUAAGCAGAGGACAGAAGAAACGAAAUCAGACAGUGAAUCUUCCAAUAAAGUAUGAAACUUAUAUUAACAUAUAUUUUAUAUUUUCAAAAUAUGGUUACCUCUGUAGCCACAUAUUAGUAAUCGUAACUACUUUAAAUUUUCCAUUAACUUUAUCACAUUAAAUAUAAUUAAACCUAACCUCUACACCCCUCCUUAUAAUAGGCACCCCGGUUGUCCAAUCACCUCUAACACAGGCCCUGAACCUAACAUAUUACUCCAUGUUAAAUAUUGUGAUAAAAUUCAUUGUAUUUCAUAUUCAAAUCAAGAGUUAAGAAUCACCGGGUGUAAUGUUACAUAUAAUAAAUUUUGUUGACUGUAAAAUUGAUACUCAUAUACCAAAUGUAGAACAUAAGAUAUAGGGAAACAUUUUUAUCAAUAUCUCAGUAGUUUAUUAGAAUUGUAUCAUGCAAUACAUAAUAUGGACCACCAGUCACCAACCACAUUAUUUAUUAGCAAUAUUCACAACAAUUGUAAUAUUGAUCACAAUUAACAUCUAAAAAUUAUUAAACCAGUCUCUUUGAAUGCCAGGCACUUCUUCUACCAUUGAGCUACCAUUUCCGCUGGUCUAACAUCACAGGUUUGGGCUAUUGUUGAAUUAUUUGUAUGUUUGAUUGAAGAAACAAUUUGGUGCACGGGGGGCCACCUCAAUUUUAUAUUUAAAUUAUUAAAUUUUAUUACAUGAUUUAAUUAGUUAAAAUUAAGUUAGGUUAUGCAUGAUAACUGUCAUGCAGUUACUACUUAAUAUUUUCCAUCCCUGGGUUAUUUACAGUAAGUAAAUAUGAUAUAAUACUCAACUAUUGAUUCAGAAGAUAGUAGAAAAUAUAAAUUUUUUAUUCACAUAUACUAAUGCAGUUUAUAAAAUUCUACACUUUUAGGGUGUUGGAAAUGAAGAAAAAAAUGAUGCUUCAGAUGUCGGUGACGAUUCUAGUGUAAACAUUCAACAAGAAGAAGAUAUGAAAAAUGAUUUCGAUUGGAGUUCAUUGGAUAAUGUUAUAGAGAGUGGCCAAAGUAAAGAUAACUCGGAUAAUGAAAAGUCUGGAGAACCAGAAUCAUCUAAAUAAAAAUAUUAAAACCAUGGGUAUGCAAAAUACCCUCCUGUCAUUUGACAUUGGAAAAUAAUUAGCCAUUAGUUUUUCUGUUGGAAAUGUAUCUAUUGUUUCCUUUUAAAUAAUUUGUGGUUUGUUUUUUUUUUACUUUUUUUUUAAAAUCUAAAUAUGAUGCUAAUCGGUAAUCAAUGAUAUUAAUAAUGCUAAAUAUAGGUUAAUUACAACUAUUUUUAAGUUUCGCAUAAUAGUAAAAAUCAAUUCUUUUUCCCAAUAUAUUCAUCAGUAUUUAUUACUUAUGUUAAAUAAUUAGGUAGGUACUAUGAUUACAUAGCACAAAAUAAAGUUAAGAUUUUAUAAUGGACCUAAAUUAUCUAAAUUGUUCACAUACAAUUUCAAAAUGCGUUUUAAUACUAAUUAAUUUGUUUCUUUAUAUUGACAAAAAAAAAAUUGUGGAAGUAUUUAAACCAUACUUAAAUUUAAACUUAUAACCGUGAUAAAAUUGAUUGUUCAAUAGUAUAAAUGGUUUAUUUUUUAACUUAUAAAUGUAAAAAACAUAUUUUAUUAAUAAAACAAAUCAAUUUAAUUUUUAAAUAGUCUAUGAUUAUUAUGAAUUUAUAUGUAGUAAAUAUUUUUUUAAAUAUUAAAUUGUUUCAUUAUUUAAAUUUAUAUUUAUUAGUCUUUUAUACUAUUAUAGUUUAUCUUUAAAACCCAAGUGUAAAAGAAAAUGUUCGAAUGAUACGAAUAAUUUUAUGGAUAAUUAUAAAUAUAAAGUAAUAUUGAAGACUCCUUUUUUUUGACAGCUCAAUUUCCUUAAUAUCAUUUAAGCUUUACUAUAAAUUGUAAUGUUAACAUUUAUAAGCAAAUGAUGUGAAUAUAAUCAAUUAUUUGAGUCAUGUACUUUUAUGAUUUUUUUUUCUUUUUUAUCAAUUUUAGUAUUAAAAUAGUAGAAAACAAAUUUUACUUGAUAUUGCUUAGACAUGUUUUAUAUUUUUAAAAUAUGUAUCUAAAAAGCAAUUUAUUAGUUUAUUAAAGAUCAGGUCAACAGUUUUAAAAAACAUUUAACUUUUAAAGUUAAUAUUAAAGUAAGUAAUACAUAUUUUACUAUAUUUAAGACACUUCAUCUUCAUUUAAUAGUAAAUUAGGAAUGCCAGAUGAUAUUGGAAAUAUUCUUUCAGUUUCUGGGCAUAUAAGUUCACCAUUAAUAACUUCUACC